AUGCCGGAACCGAUGGCUACCGAACCGGAAGGUGAAACAUUUGCUUUCCAAGCGGAGAUUGCUCAGUUGAUGAGCUUGAUUAUCAACACAUUCUAUUCGAACAAGGAGAUUUUCCUCCGUGAAUUGGUGUCGAACGCUAGUGAUGCUUUGGACAAGAUUCGUUACAAGAGUUUGACAGAUCCGUCGUGUUUGGAUACGGGUAAGGCGUUGGAGAUCCGAUUGAUCCCGGACAAGACGAACAACACAUUGACGGUGAUUGACACUGGUAUUGGUAUGACGAAAGCGGAUUUGAUCAACAACCUUGGUACGAUUGCUCGUUCUGGUACGAAGGCGUUUAUGGAGGCUUUGCAAGCUGGUGCAGACAUCUCGAUGAUUGGUCAGUUUGGUGUUGGUUUCUACUCGGCUUACCUUGUUGCGGAUCGUGUUGAGGUUAUUUCAAAGAAUAACGAUGACGAGCAGUACAUUUGGGAGUCAUCAGCUGGUGGUUCAUUCACGAUUCGUCCGGAUCCGGGUGAGGAUAUUGGUCGUGGUACGAAAGUGAUAUUGCAUUUCAAAGAAGACCAGACGGAGUAUUUGGAGGAGAGGCGAUUGAAGGAGAUUGUGAAGAAGCAUUCUCAGUUUAUUGGUUAUCCGAUCAAAUUGUUUGUUGAGAAGGAGCGAACGAAGGAGGUUUCUGAUGACGAAGAGGAGAAGGAAGAGACGAAAGAAGAUGAAAAGGACGAUAAGCCGAAGGUGGAGGAUUUGGAUGAGGAUGAGGAGGACGAGGAAGGCAAGGGUAAAGACAAGAAGAAGAAGAAAAAGAUCACAGAGAAGUACAUUGACGAGGAGGAGUUGAACAAGACGAAGCCUUUGUGGACGCGCAACCCAGAUGACAUAACUCAGGAAGAGUAUGGUGAGUUCUACAAGCAGUUGAGCAAUGAUUGGGAAGAUCACUUGGCUGUGAAGCAUUUCUCUGUUGAGGGUCAGCUUGAGUUCCGUGCGUUGUUGUUUGUUCCGAAGCGGGCUCCGUUCGAUUUGUUUGAGAAUCGCAAGAAGCGUAACAACAUCAAGUUGUAUGUGCGUCGUGUGUUUAUCAUGGACAAUUGUGAGGAUUUGAUUCCGGAGUAUUUGAACUUUAUCCGUGGUGUUGUUGACAGUGAAGAUUUGCCUUUGAACAUCAGUCGUGAGAUGUUACAGCAGAACAAGAUAUUGAAAGUGAUUCGUAAGAAUUUGGUGAAGAAGUGUUUGGAAUUGUUCGAUGAGAUAAUGGAGGACAAAGAGAACUACAAGAAGUUUUACGAGCAGUUCUCGAAGAACAUCAAACUUGGCAUUCACGAGGAUGGUGUGAAUCGUAAGAAGCUUGCUGAAUUUUUGCGCUAUUAUUCGACGAACAGUCCGGAUGAGUUGACGAGUUUGAAGGAGUACGUUUCUCGAAUGAAGGAGAACCAGAAGGACAUUUACUACAUCACGGGUGAGACGAAGGAAGCAGUUUCUAACUCCGCAUUCACCGAGGUUCUUCGUCAGCGUGGAUUUGAAGUGUUGUAUAUGUUAGACCCUAUUGAUGAGUAUGCAGUGACUCAGUUGCGCGAGUAUGAUGGUAAGAAGUUGGUUUGUGUUACGAAAGAGGGUCUUCAGUUGCCGGAAGACGAGGAAGAGAAGAAGAAAUUUGAGGAGUUGAAGGCGGAGUAUGAGCCGUUGUGCAAACACAUUCAAGAUAUUCUGGGCAAGCGGGUUGAGAAAGUGACCAUCUCGAACCGUCUGACCACCUCUCCGUGUUGUAUUGUGACCUCUGAGUUUGGUUGGUCGGCGAAUAUGGAGCGUAUAAUGAAGGCACAAGCUUUGCGUGACUCUAGCACGAUGGGUUAUAUGGCGGCGAAGAAGCACUUGGAACUGAAUCCGCGUCACAAGAUCAUCCAAUCGUUGAAGGCACUGUUUGAUAGUGGUGAAUCGAACAAGUUGGCGAAGGAUUUGGUGUUCCUGUUGCACAGCACAGCACUGUUGUCUUCUGGUUUUUCGCUGGAAGAUCCUAAAGUGCAUGCUGGCCGUAUUCAUCAGUUGGUGUCUAUGUGUUUGGACAUUCCCACUGAGGAGGAGGUAAAGACGGAGACACCGGAAGGUUCUUCGUCGGCUGCGGCUCCGACCGAGGCAGGUGAUGACGCUGGUAUGGAGGAGGUUGAUUAG